GGUUUUCUCUCCAUCUUAAGGUUUUUGAUUUAUUCGCGUUAAAUCUGUCAACUGUUUUGAUCUCUUACAUGAAAAGAGGGGGCGACUUUCCGCUAACCUAGGUCUCAGCAAAAUGAUUAUUUUGGGUUAUUUUUUUUUCCUUUUCUCUACGUUUUCUUAUUUCUUUACCACAAAUCUGUCUCUCGCAGAGAGCUUAAGUAAUUCUCCUUUAUUCUACAUGACAAUGGAUCCUAGGGUAUUACAAAGUGCUAUUAUGCUUCAGUGAACAUAACUAUAGCAAUGAACUGCAUGUGGGAAGAGCUGGAGUGUGCAGACAGUCUCUUGUAUUCUCCGCAUCUUGCAUGUAGUUGCUCUACUUCUUAGGGGGGGAAAAUGACUUUAGAUUGCUGAAUGCAAAACAAGACCAAACAGCUGGCUUAAUUAUCACUCUGACAGCCGUUCUGGCAAAUGCUGCCUUCAUCUCUUUAACCCCUGAGCUUUUCAUAAACCGAGGGCUUCAUUUUCAUGUUCAUUUAUUUCCAUACAUUGAUCUAGUGGGAAAUGGACUGAGGAAUGAUUUUCCAUGGUGAUAUUUAUCAUGAAUGCUACAUAGUUACCUUAGGACCGGCACAAUGGAAUCCACAGCUUUCGAGUCUGAGGACCCAGAAUAUCCUUCUUCCAAUUUUGAAACAAGGGAGUCAAAUGACAAGAUGGUCCAGCGCUUGCAAGGAAUAUUAAGAUGUUUGGUGAAGCAGCUCGAGAAAGGAGAUAUUAAUGUGACUGACCUAAAGAAUAAUAUAGAAUAUGCAGCGUCAGUGUUGGAAGCCGUGUAUAUUGAUGAAACCAGGCGACUACUGGACACGGAAGAUGAACUUUCUGAUAUCCAUACGGAUUCAGUUCCAUUGGAAGUACGAGACUGGUUGGCAUCUACCUUUACCAGGAAAAUGGGAAUGAGGAAAAGGAGGCCCGAGGAAAAGCCCAAAUUCCGAAGCAUUGUGCAUGCAGUCCAAGCUGGAAUAUUUGUAGAGCGGAUGUAUAGACGAUCUUCCAAUAUUGCUGGUCUUACCUACCCAUCAUCUGUCAUAGCAUCUAUGAAGGAUGUUGACAGAUGGGCUUUUAAUGUAUUCACUCUGAAUGAGGCUAGCGGGGAGCACGCCCUGAAGUUUAUGGUGUAUGAGCUGUUUACCAGAUAUGACCUUACUAAUCGCUUUAAGAUUCCUGUUUCCAAUCUCGUAUCUUUUGUUGAAGCUCUAGAAGUUGGUUACAGCAAGUACAAAAAUCCGUACCACAAUCUGGUUCAUGCCGCUGACGUUACCCAAACUGUGCACUAUAUAAUUCUUCAUACGGGUAUCAUGCACUGGCUCACAGAACUGGAAAUUUUGGCAAUGAUAUUUGCUGCUGCUAUCCAUGACUUUGAGCACACUGGGACCACAAACAAUUUUCAUAUACAGACGAGGUCUGAUGUUGCAAUAUUAUACAACGACCGGUCAGUUCUAGAAAACCAUCACGUGAGUGCUGCCUACCGCAUUAUGCAAGAUGAUGAAAUGAAUAUUUUUAUAAAUUUGUCCAAAGAUGACUGGAGAGAUUUACGAACACUGGUGAUUGAGAUGGUUUUAUCUACAGAUAUGUCCGGCCACUUCCAGCAGCUAAAAACCAUGAGAAGCACAUUGCAGCAGCCGGAGGGGAUAGAUAAAGCCAAAGCCAUGUCUCUGAUCCUUCAUGCUGCAGAUAUCAGCCACCCUGCCAAACCUUGGGAUAUGCACCUGAGAUGGACCAACCUGCUGAUGGAGGAAUUCUUCCGACAGGGUGAUAAAGAGGCUGCAUUAGGGCUUCCAUUCUCUCCUCUGUGUGACAGGAAAUCCACAAUGGUAGCACAGUCACAAAUAGGUUUUAUUGACUUCAUAGUGGAGCCGACAUUCACACUUCUAACCGACUCAACAGAGAAAAUUGUUUUUCCUCUUAUAGAGGAAGCUGCAAAAUCUGAUAAUUCAGUCUUCGAUAAAUCCAGCCAGAAUAACUCUGAAGUGGUUCGUGGCACAGACACACCAAGGAAACCCAGUGUGCGGACUUCCCAGAUGGAUGGAAGCUCCCCAAGUGAAUAUUCACUAGCCACUGUAGAUCUGCAUCAUUUCAAAAAGAAUUUGGUUGAAAUCAUUCAGCAAAAUAAAGAACGAUGGAAAGAACUGGCUGCUCAAGUAAAGAUUCUCCAGUAAAAGUCAUCCCUUCUAGUGCACGAGAGAAAUUUGAAAUCAACGCACAAGAGUGAAGGAGGCACUGGAGGAACCUAAUACAUACUGCUGUGUAAAUGUGAAUCCAUACUUGGUAUCUGGAGAAGAGGUCUCCGUGACAAGAGAUACAGCCAAGCCUCAACAAUUCCCCAAAUCAAAAGCACAUAGUUUAUCACUUGCAGAAAUGGUUUCAUGCUAAACACUGGAGAAAAGAUCAUGAAUAGUCAUUGCUCUUCAAAAUGAAGGCAAGUAGGCAUGGAGCAAAAGGUGUAGUCAAUGGCUAUUACUGAUAUAUUUGUAGCCAGAUUCCUCCCUUCAGACCCUAAAAUAACCCACUGGUCCCAAUAAACUUCACUUCUUUCAGCUAUUUUGCUGAACACUAGGAAAAAUGGAUGUUCAUAUAAUGACCAUUUAGCCUUUUGAAUGGUGGCUGAACAUACUGGCAAAAACCUUCCAUGCACUGCCAUUUAAAGUAAUGGACACUUUCUGGACUAUAAAAACAGAAGCAACAAUAUACGUGUCUUUUUAUAUAUAUAUUGUUAUUCAUGCAGCUGGAUGAUAAGAUUACCUUAUUAUUACGUAGUAACUAUUUAUAGGGGAGUGGUACGCCCACAGGAAAGUAUGUAAAUAUUAAAACCAUGUAAAUAUUAGUAUGUUGACCUAUGCACUCUUUCUUCCCCCCCCUAUUUUCAUUUGUCCAUUACUAGGUAUUUUCUCUGUUUCUUUUGUGCUCCUUGUUGACUUCAUGUUUUCACCAUUUUUCAGACUGUUAAUAAAAGUAUGUUGAUUUCGA